AUGUCUUCUGCCGGCCACGCAUCCUCCAACGUCCUCAUCGAUAAGUUCGAUGGGGAUAACUAUUCGACUUGGAGUCGAUACAUGCGUGGCGUGUUCCUGACGAAGUCAGUGUGGCACGCUGUCAACCGGGAAAGCUCCCCGACGUAUGUGGACCCCCGGGCGCAGGACGACUACGUCAAGACCAGCAACAUCGCGUUUGGAAUGAUGUUGCUGCACAUGGGUGCGGAUUACCACCAUGUGGUCGACAACUGCGAGGAAGCGUGGGUUGCGUGGCAACGCCUGAAGGUGCUGUACGGUGGAUCCCAGAAAGCGGGAAGGGUCUACCUCAAGCGGCAACUCUUCAGCAUGAAGAUGGCUGAAGGCGCUAACGUCAUGCAUCACUGCAACGAGGUCCUGAACAUCGCCGCCAAGAUUAGCAGCAUCGGCGCGAAGAUGGAGGACGAGGACGUCGCAAUUUGCCUGCUGAUCAGUCUCCCUAAGAGUUUUGAGAACGUUGUUCUGAACUUGGAGAUGAGCAGCACAGAGCUUCGUACCCAAGAUGUGGUGAAGGUGCUUACGAAUGAGCACGCCAAGCGCCAAGGGGAGAAGGUGACAACAACAGCGACGAUGGUCAAGACUGAAGAUGCAGCCAAGGCCUUCAACACUGAGCGCGAACCAUACAAGUGCACCUACUGUGGGAAGGUGGGACACACCGUGGAUCGCUGUUGGACCAAUCAGAAGAAUGAAAGUCGAGGAGCCCGACGCGGCGGCAAUGGUCGUGGACGCGGGGCGAACAAUGUCCAGUGGGGACAAUAUCGUGAUGAAGACAGCGACUACAAUCAAGUAGCGUUUGCAGUUUCGCUGGAGUGUGGACUCUCAGCGAAGAAGGACGUGUCCGGAAUGUGGGCCGUCGACAGUGGUGCAACGCACCACAUAUGCCACGACAAGACCAAGUUUGCAAGCCUGAACAAGCGCAACGACGGUGAAAUCUUGGUGGCGGAUGGCAACAAAGUGGCCAUCAAGGGUGUUGGAACUAUCCUUGAAAAGGUGGUUCUGCCCGACGGUGAAGAGCGCGAAAUCGAGAUCAAGAACGUGCUUUACGUACCAAGCUUGAGCAAGAAUCUGCUUUCGGUACCGCAGAUCAACAAGCACGGCAAGUUUCAAGUGGUGUUCGACGGGACCAAGAUGUUUGUCGCUCGCAAAGGAUCGCAACAAGUGGUGGCAACAGCAGAUCUUGUGGAUGGUCUUUACUGGCUUCACACAGCUCAUCGAUCGGCCAAUGCGACAACAAGAGGAAACAACGGUGUCGACCUACAUGCGCGGAUGGGACACGCUCCAGCUGAUGUGCUUCACAAGAUGGUGGCGACGAACAUGAUCAAGGAUGUGAAGGUACCUCUCAAGUCAAGUGGAUCAAGCGCAUGUCGAGGAUGCCAACAAGGGAAAAUGGUCCAAAAACCAUUCCCACGCAACCAAGACAAGCGCAGAUACGACACGUUUGAGCUGCUUCACGUCGACAUCUGCGGACCCAUGGAGAUGAAUUCUCUGGGUGGCAGCAAGUAUCUACUGCUGAUCGUGGACGAAGCCAGUGGAUGCAUGAAGGGCUUCUGUCUACGCGUGAAAUCUGAGAGUGAGAAUCACAUCACACGAUACAUCAAGAUGGUGCAAGCGCAGUUUGGCAAGAAGGUCAAGUUCGUCCGACACGACGGAGCCCGCGAGUUCGCAACCAACUCGCUUCAAGAAUUCUACGAAGACGAAGGCAUUGAGCAGCAGACGACGGUGCCGUAUGCACACCAGACGAACGGCACGGCGGAGCGCGCCAUUCGGACCAUCGUCACGAUUGGUCGCAGCAUGCUCCACCAUGCGAAGCUGGAAAAGUGCUUCUGGGCCGAAGCAGCAAUGAAGGCAAUCUAUGUCAAGAACCGUCUGCCGUCGCCUAAAGUUGUGCACAAGACUCCGUUCGAGAUCGUCUACAACUCCAAGCCAAGUGUCAAGCACAUGCGGGUGUUCGGUUGUCAGGUUUGUUGGACAGACGGCGGCUGUGAAGAAGACACCUCGUCAAGCAGCGUCAAGUGUUGA